AUGGACGCGCUCCUGCGCGCCUCCGGCAGCCGGCCGCCGACCGGCAGCCGGCCGCAGACGGGCCACAACACGCCCCUGGGCAGCCGGCCGCCGACGGGCCAGGGCAGCCGCCCGGGCACGUCCAGCCGGCCGCCGAGCCGCGUGAGCUUCGCGGACCUCGAGGCCGCCGAGGAGCCGCCGCGCGGGAGCCGCGCGUCGACGGCCGACUCGCGGCCCUCGACGCGGGGCAGCGACGACGGUAAGAGGCGGAAGCAUCGGAGUAGAGACGGCGCCGUGCGGCGGAGACGACGGCGGAGCCGCGACAGCAGCGACGAGGCCACGGUCGAGUCCGAGGAGUCGAUAUUGUCCGAGCAGGGCAUCCACGUGCGCAAGGCCGGCUUCGGCGGGCGGAAAAAUAAGAGGCGGAGUCGCAAAUCCAAGGAGGUCAAGCAAGAGCAGGAGGAAGAUCAGGACGGCCUCGGGCUCUUCGGCGCCGCGGCCGUGGCACGCGUCGCGACGCGGCCGCGCACGACGGGCGAGCGUCGUCGAAAGGAGCCCGAGGAGGAGGAGUCGACCGAUUUCGGCGCGCGGCCCGUGAAACUCAAGAAGCGGCCGACGACGCCCGUUUUUGAUGAUAACUUCGAGCGGGCCCGCGCAAUUCUCCGAAAGCGGUUUCAGGAUAGGCCCCACCUGCGGCCGCCCGGCGCCCAGCCAAAGGCGAAGGGCAUUGGGUUGGACAUGUCGAAGAUCGGACACAUGUCCGUGUCGUACCUGAACCAGUACGUCGAGGCGUCGAUCAAUAUCCUGAGGGAGCACCAGAAAAAUGAGCAACUUAGGAUGCAGGCGUCCGUCGAGGCGCUCCAGGGGUCGAACGCAAUUCCCCUCGACAGGACGGGCCAACCGAUGGACGUCUUCGAGCGCGCCGAGCUGCCCGAAAUUCGCCGCCUGCCCCUCUGUUCUCAAUUAGCUAAAGGUAAAGCCGCGGACCCCGUGCCGAAGGGCUCGACGUCGCCCUCGAAGUCCAAGAGCUCCGGGGCGGCGGCGAUGCUCCGGGAUCGGCUGCUUACUUUAGCUAGGUUGGCGAGAGAUGACCUGUGUCUCGUGGGCGUGCGCUUCACGCACGAGAAUAUUGAUGAUGAUUGGGGCGCGUCGACGGCGCAGGCCUUGAGGAGGAACACGCAGCUGCAGCACCUGGUGCUCGUGGGGAAUGGGAUCACGGACGCGUCGGGCACGAAACUCGCGAGCGCCGUCGCGAAGCAUCCGGGUUUGGUCACGGUCGCCGUGGGCGGCAAUAGUUUGGGGGACAAGACCGCGCUCGCGAUGGCCAAGGCCCUCAAGGAGUCCGGGACGCUGCUUUCCUUGAACCUCGCGUCAAAGAAAUACCACCAGGAGCACUACCUGAAUGUUUGCAGGCGGCGGAAGCCGCCGAAGGAGAUCGUGAUCCCCAAAAUCGAGGGCGACUACUUCAGCCCUGAGAAUUGGGGCCUGCCGACGGACGACCCCGAGUUCAACCCGCGGUCGAACUUCGUUUCCAAGGAGGGCUGCUUCGCGUUAUCCGAAGCGUUGCACGGCACGUCGCUGACCGCCUUAAACUUGUCGGGCCAGCGCGUCGGCGACGCCGGCGCGUUGGCGUUAUCUCGAGUGCUCUUCGCCGACAAGGAGACGAAGUGCUCCUGCGCUUUGAGCUCAUUAGCAUUAGACGCCAAUCGCGUCGGCGACAAGGGCGCCGCCGCGUUGAUCGAGUGCUGGGCGAACCCGCUCUCUUCAUUAGAAACGUUGCGGCUCGCGAUGAAUUCAUUAGGCGACGAGGCGGCGGUCAAGGCGUGUAGUCUCGCGCUGAAGCAUUAUAAAGUGGACCAGCUGCUCGUCCCGAAACGGAAGAAGAAGAGGAAGAAGAAGCGCGUCGGGUCGCUGUCGCCGCGGGCGCGGCGACGGCGGGACAUCAAGGAGGGUAUCAUCCACGUGAAGGACGAGGAGCCCGAGGAGGACGACUUCAAGGAUCUUGGUUUGUUGGAUCUGAGCCUGUGCCAGGUCGGGGAGAUCGGCGUGUUGGCGGUCCACGGUGCGUCAGCAAGGUGCAAGAAGAUCGGGAAGAUCAUACCGGUCCACGGCAACCCGGGCCACGAUAUCCAUCCGACGCCGUCGCGACGGCCGAGCCAGGACUCCAUACGGUCGGACUCGACGGAGUAUAAGAGACAGCUCGAGGCCGGGCGGGCCCUCAAGCCCGUGCAGUUCGGCGGCUCCCGACGGGCGGACUCGGGCGCGCCCUUGCUGACGCUCAAGAAGAGCAUCCCCUUCCUGGCGCCGGACAAGCGCGGGGACCUGUCACCGCGGUCGGCGCUCGACGCGUCCAAGGGCACGGAGAGCGUAUUAAGGACGGUCGCGCGCAAGGCGAGCGACCGGCAGGCGCGGAUCGACGAAGGCGCGCUCCCGGAGGCGCGGAAGAUGAAGCGGCACAAGCUGGGCGAGACGGGCAAGCCCCGCUACGCGUUCGACCCGGACCUGCCCCCGCUUAAUUUCCUGGCGCACCACAAAAGCCACAUCAGGAGGCUGGGCGCCGAGUCGCGGCGGAAGAGGCGCGAGGAGCACGACCGCCAGAUCACGCAGGAGAAGCGGGAAAGUCUCGCGGCGAACGUCAAAUCGAAAAGACUGCGGAAGGCGAUCCUCGACGCGGGCAUCACGCAGUUCAAGGAGGAGACGGCCGAGGGCGCGCUCCGGACGCGCGUCGUCGGCGACCUGGUGCGCACGUUCCCCGCCGUCGCGGCGCUGCCCGGAGCGCAGUCCGGGCGCAUGGACCUGAGUCGCGACGGGCCGCGCUUCGGCCAUCGAAAACCGGACCCGGAGUCGCCCAAGAAAUGGGCCGCGAAGCUCGCCGCCAAAAAGGCGGCGCGCCACCGCGCGUUCCUCGUGCACCUCGGGCAGCACCCGAUCCACUAA